UGUAGGGAAGUACGAAUACAAAGUCGAUAUCGUCGUUACCUGUGUGGUCGAUAAGUGAUCGCCCAUCGUUCUUUUCAAAGCGAGAAAUUGAACUUCGAUAUCUAUAAAAUAUUUACCGAACCUCUCGUUCUGUGAUAUCGGUGUAUAGACCGCGGCAAAUUCAUUAUCCUUUUGAUAUCAUUUCGACGUUAAAGAAAUUGAAUUGUAAUUAACGUUGGAACGUUUCGUCCAAACAUAACAUUUUAAAUUAUGCAACUAUAAAGGUCCACCAUUUUGAUACGGAUAUGAAAAUUGGGCAAAUAAAAGAUAUAAUCUAAUAUAUUUACAAUAGAAAAUAAUCUGAAAUCCGAACUAUGGUGUUGUAUUCUAUCGGAUAAGAUACAUGUGCCGGUAGUUAUGCAUCUCAAGAUAUAACCAUGGAAACUAGGUCGUCAACAGCCUGUAACACUAGCAAAUCUACUGCAUCAGAUGAGUCCAAGAGUGAAAUGCAAAUGGUACUCGCCAAAAUGAUGGAAGAAAAGCAUACGUUUGCUUACAAAAAAUUAGUUGUACCUAUGUCGAUGAGAAGCAUUUAUUGGAAAUUUUUUGGGUUUCCUGCCACCGAAGACGGUGAUAUUUUAACUAAGGUCAAAAUCGUAUGUAUAUUAUGUAAGACACAAAUUGCAUAUAAUCGUAACACUAGUAAUUUGCGAAUGCAUUUGCAAAAUAAACACGCUCAAGAGUUGUUAGAAUUGGAAGCUAGUACGCCACCCCGUAGACAAGUUCUUUCUCAGGAGGCAAAGGAUCGUAGAGCGCAGAAAAGGAAAAUCAAAGCUGAAUUAUCUUCGCCGCAACAUAUUUACACUACUACUGCGGAUGGUACAGUACAAAUCGAUGGAGAUAUUCAAUUUGUAACGGAUCCAAAUAUUAAUCUAUCCAAUAUGGAAGACGACAUCACUCUAGCUCAACCAUUGAGAGUGAUGAUCAAAGGUAGUACAAAUAUCGGUAAUAACAAUCAAAACGUAGCAUUUCUUAUGCCAGAAGAUAACUCGGUGCAUCAAUUAAGUAUAGACGGUAAAACUUUAUCUGAUGCUAUCGCGGAAUUCAUAAUAAUGGAUCUACAGUUACCGGAAGUGGUAGAAGGUCAUGGAUUUCAAAGGCUCGUUGCUACGUUAAGAUCACCCUGUGAAAUUCCAAGUAAAAAGAAGCUCGAAGAAGAAAUAAUACCUAAAAUUUAUGAUACUUUUCGUGAAUCCGUGACUGCUUCCUUCGCUUGUAUGAACAACGACGUUGGAUUAACCAUCGAAGAAUGGAAAUCUAAUUUCAAUGAAAGUUUUGUGACAAUAUCUGUGUAUUACCAAAAUGCUGGUGAAACUACCCUGGAAUGUAAAGUUUUAAAUAGUUUGCAUGCGCCUUUAGACUGGGAUAAGGAUCAAUGGUGUAAUGUAAUUGAUACUUUACUACAUGAGUGGUAUCUUAAAAUUGAACGAAUAACAGCUGUGGUCGUAGGAACAUCUAGACCAGAGUUGAUAGCUGCAUUAGUGGCUAAGGGUUUAACAUUGGUACCAUGUCUCCUUCACACGUUACAAGUUUGCGCACAAGCCUGUUUCGAGAAUGCAGAAGUGGCUAAUAUUUUAUCCAAAUGUAGAACUAUUAUUGGAGCUAUUCCAAAUCAUCAGGCUUCUAUGGCUAUUACUAUGCAAGAACAAGAAAUGGAGUUUGAGGAAAAGUUCAUAGUGAUCGAUUAUCCUGGUGUUUGGACGUCCACUUAUAAUAUGAUGGAGCAAAUAGUACAUAGACAUAAUAUCAUUUCUUCUAUACUGGAUAAUUUAGAAAGUAAUGAACAAGAAACUAUUGGUUUAUCCCCCGAAGAAUGGAGAGUAGUCGAAGACCUUGUUAAUGUUCUUGAACCAUUUAAAGUAACUAUUAUGACGCUCAGCGAAGAGAAAAUGCCUCUGAUAUCUCUUUUAAGGCCAUUACUCUGGCAGCUUGUAUCGUCUCAUCUUAAAGUAAAAGAGUCUGAUAGUGAUAUAGCAAGAUCUUUUAAAGAAUCUUUGUCAGAUAUGUUGUGCGAACGAUACGCUGAUUAUAAUGUAACUCUUCUUCUUCAAAUUGCAACGUCGUUAGAUCCACGAUUUAAGCAAUUACCAUAUGCAUCGGAUGAAGACAAAGGUUUGGUUGCUACUCCUAUUAAAGAAAUGUUGACUAAGCUAAUACAGUCAGAAAAUGGUGACUUGAUUAAAAUCGAAGAAGAACAAAUGUGUAAAAAAAGCAGAUUAUCAGGUAUGGAACUAUUACUCGGUAGUUUGUGUGCAACGAAAAAUGGAAUGCCAGCGGAGGAAAAAGCCGAUCUGGAGUUAGUGCAAUAUCAAUCAGAAUCGACUGCACCUCUCGAUUAUUGUCCUUUGCAAUGGUGGGCCAAAGUAUCCGCUAAAUGUCCAAAUCUAGCUAAAUUAGCAUGUAGGUAUAAUUGUGUCCCUGCUUGUUGCGCUCCGCCAGCUCGUAUUCCUGCAGAAGUACAAGUUUUAUAUGAUACGAGGCGUGCAGCCUUACCUUCUCAUUUAGUCGAUAAAUUACUUUUCCUUCACGGCAAUCAUACGGUUUGAUUAAACUUAUUUGUUGCUUAUAAUACGAUUUUGAGAAUAUCAAUAAAUCAAGCUAUUUGGAAAUAUCUUGUAAAUAGAAUCUAAUAUUUUACGAUGAUAUGUGAUACGCUUGUUUUCACUUUUUAAAACAAGUAAUACGCACUGUAAUAAUUAUAAAAUUUCAUGCAAAUGAACAUCGGAUUAAUCUUUGAAUAUACAAUUCAACAAAAAUUACAAAAAAGAAAAGAAAAUAAGAUUUUCGUAGCUUUAAUGAAGAUACAUAUACAAUUAUUAUUUCACCAAAGUCUGAUGUCUAUUUUAAUAUCUCGUAAUAGCAGGAGGAGAACCAAAAAGUAUUUUGAGGUCGAUUGUAUUAUAGAUUUGUAUAUUUAUUGAUAUGUAUUGUGUAUAUAUGUCCCAAUAUUAACUAUUUCAUCGAUUGGCAGUAAUUAAAAUACGAUAAAUAAGGUCAUAUAUUCAAAAAAUUACGUUUAUAAUGAUUUAAUAAUGUCUCAUAAAAAUAUAAGAUUUUUCUAAGAUUUAUGAAGUAUUGUAAUUUUUACAUGAAAUCCAGAGUUAAAAUACUUAAAUGUAUAGAAUCAUCAUUCAUAUAUAAAAAGUUAUAGAUUUUUUUUUUGUACAUGUUAUCUAUACUUUGUGAUAAAGUAUAUAAACUAAUUGCCAAAAUUGAUUAUACUAAAUAUUCAAUAAAUAGUUUCUAGAAAGAAAUUAUGAUUUAUUCGUCAAAGCAUAUGUAAUGUCUUUUAAGAUGAUAAUUUUUGCAUUAGCUUUAUGCAUUUUUCUUAUUAACUUUUUCCUUCAGUUUUUUCUGAAGUAUUAACCUUAUCAACAUUUCCUUGAUAGGAGAAUUAUUUUCCGUUGCGUAAGGCAAUUGCUUAAAGGUUUUUUUUUUAAUAGAUAGAAUUCUAAUGUAAGAAUAUUUUUAUAUAGAUUAUUCGUAGCAAGUAGUUCACUUAAGAAGUUCACUUAUGAAGGAAUGAAAGAACUUUGAUAUUAAUACGUAAAAAAACAACUCCUGUAUAUGUGAUUAGCGUAUUACCAUUACGUUUAAAUAAUUUGUUUUAAAUGUCGUGGCACAUUCAAACAACGAUAGUUUAAGAUAUAUUCAAAUAUUUUCAAUAGAUCGAGUAGCAUAUAUAAUUUUAUUCUAAAAUAAUAUUAAUUCGAAAUUUUGUUAUCUUAUAUUGUAUAAAUGUAUCAAUUAGAAUCAUAAUUUCUAUGUUCUAAGCGACAUUAAGCAACAAUUGUAAAAUAGUUAAAAAUACGUACAGUUAUAAAAAAUGGAUAUUUUUAAUUGUACGUAAAACACAACUAUAAAAUCAAAUAUUACAUAUUGUACAAAAUGAAUUUUAAGCGGAAACUAUUGUUUCAUUAUAUUAUUAUAAGUUAAUUAUAUGCUAAAUUUAAUUGAUAUUUAAUUAAAAGAUUAGUUCGAUUAGAAUUACGAAUAAAUUUAAGAAACUACCAAAAUGAUUUUGAUCUUCAUAGGGAUAUAAUAUAAGAUUAGUUUUUACUUUUAUUAUUAUUAUUACAAUUAUUAUUUUUACUACUAAUCUAAAAUGUACAAUAUAUGUAUAUAUCUAUACUUACGUAAUUUAAAAUUUUAAUUGAUACAUGCAUAUUCACAAAAUGCAAACAUAAAAAAAAAAAUUUUAGCCUCAGUACCUCAUGAUUAUCAACAUUUAAAGCACGAAAAACUACCUAUUAAUAAAAGACUACCUCAACAAAAUUGUAAAUUAUUUUAUCUAAGACAACUAAAAGCUUCGUUUUAAGUAAUAAAAUAAUAGCAAAUUGUAGUCAAAAUCGUAAUCUAUAUUAAAUAUUAU